UUCUACGAAUAUGCUAUCACGCUUGACAGCGAGGUCCGGCUCAUCUGGCGGCGCAAGAUCACGGGCGCGAGCAUCAUCUUCUUCCUCAAUCGCUACCUCCUCGUCCUCCAGAACGCGCUCACCGUCGCGUCGUUCUGGCCCAUCUCCACUUCCGUGCGUCAUUCUAUCACUCCCCCGUUUUCAACUCUCCGUGUCUACGCGCUCAGCGGGCGCGACUGGCGGUUCGCUGCGCUGGUGUGCCUGCUUAUGAUGGGACCCGUCGUCAGCAAUGUUGUGCACGUACGGUUUCCCCGUUCGAUACGACUACUUUCCGUGAACAUUCAGCUGAUACACAUCGCAGUGGUGCUGUUGUCGCGAUGCACGCUCAUCGCAGGCGAUGCCGUCGUGCUCGGCGUGACAUGCUGGAAGACCUGGAGCAUCAAGAAGGCAGCCGACGCAGCACACAUCGGCACGUCCCUCGUCGCCCUCCUUCUCCGAGACGGU